AUAUGACCCCUCCUCAUAAACGCCCUUCUUCGGGGGGGGGCCCUCCUGAGAGGGCUGGGAAGUGGGGAAACCCUCCCUGUUCAGGCCCCACCCAGCCCGGUGGGACUGUGGAGACCCCCGGCGCCAGGGCUCCUAACCUCCUUGGAUGACUGGACCCCUCAGGCAGCCUGGCGAAGCCUAGGGACCCCCCCUCUCUCAGGGGUGUUGUCUAGUCAAGUCAAGGUCGACAAGCAUUUAUCAAGAGCCUACUAUGUGCCAGGCCCUGGGUGCUAAAGCUGCCUUUUUAAAUGCAUGCAAUAAAAUGCGUAUGAUUACAAAGGAAACCAGUGAUGCAAAAAUACAGUGAGGAAGAUUUUUAAAUUUCAAGGAUCCCAGGUUAAAAGCCCUGCCGAGUGCAUCUUAACGCCUUCUUUGGGAUGCAGAAACCGAGACAGCCCAGGGAGGGUGGCCCUUGUAGGAGGAGAGCCCGUGUCUUAGGACUGGAAGGCUUGGGAAAUCAGGAGAAUUUUAGAGAGAACCAUAGACUGUUAGGUCUGCAAAUUACCCUGACAAACUCCUUUAUUUCACAAUUGAGCAAACUGGUGCAGAAGGCAUCCGUGAGUUCCCUGACAUCACAUGAGUGGGAGCCCUGUGCCAGUCAGAAUGCCAGUCAUGAUAGAAGACAUUAUGAAACUGCUCUGCACUAUUUCGGAGGAGAGGAAAAUGAAGGCUGCCUUCAAGCAUUCAGGGAAGGGGGCACUGGUGGCAGGCGCUGUGGCUUUUGUUGGGGGUUUGGUGGGUGGCCCCCCAGGAAUAGCUGUUGGGGGGACAGUUGGUGGCCUACUUGGUGCUUGGAUGACUAGUGGACAAUUUAAACCAAUUCCUCAGAUCAUAAUGGAACUGCCCCCUAUUGAGCAACAGAAGCUUUUUAACGAAGCCUUUGCCAUUAUCAGAGACUUGGACUGGACGGAUGCGGUGCAGCUGACUGCACUGGUAAUGGGGAAUGACGCCCUUCAGCAGAAGCUGGCAUCAGUGGUAGUAAAUUAUGUCACACAGACGCUUCGAGCAGAAGUGCAGUAUGGAGACUAGCCCUCUCCAGUGAAUGGUUUUUACUGUGUAAUGCAGGGAUUUUCAUUUGGAUGAUUUUGAUGACUUUAGUGUAGAAAAAUAGCUAGUAAUUGCUGCUACUUAUGUUUGAGGUACCGGAACACCCUCACUCUGGGUGAGUUUCUCCAGAAAUCCUUGAUCCUUGAGUUAUAACAAAAUUGGGUCAAAUUACCUAAUUUAUAUUAAGUUACUGAGGAAGUAUUGUAGCAUGUUCCCAAAAUUAUCUGUAAAACAACUUGGUGGUUCCAGAUCCUACUCAGAGUGAUGCCCAUUGACAUACUUUUGACUGUAAAGUUGUCAAAAAAAAAAUCGACAGGAAGGUUUACGUAUUGCAAACAUUAAUUGUACUUAUCUAAAUUCAUUUUAUCUCUCACAAGGCUGUUUAAAAAGAUCAUCAUACUUAAUUGCCUUUUGGACUACUUUUCAGUUUCUUCUUUGCAGUCACUUUUUUUUUUUGUAGCACCUGGGUACUAGUUUCCUGUUGGUGCCCCCUCUGCCUUCACGGUUUUUUAACAGAAAGCAGUUGUGAAAAUGUGUUUCACUUCUUACUUCUCCCUGUCAUUGUACACCUCCCUGACUUUAAGAAUCUGAAUCACCGUGAAAUUCACAGCAAGGGGGAAGAGUAAUCUGCUGAUUUCAAUGCAGUCCCACAGUACUGAAGAAAGAAAUAUAAUAGAGGCUGUUCAUGUUUGUGUCUAAGUCCCUUGACCUCUCAGUGCCUCACUUUCCUCAUCUAUAAAAUGAAGGUAAUUAUUUUUUUUUUAAAUUUUAAGUGGUUAUUUUCAGAGCAAACUCUUGUUAGUUCUUUUUUCCCCGGGAUCAUGAGCCACCUCUCACAAAUGGUUCCUUUGACUUGCUAAUUGAUGUGUUGAGCUUCAGCAAUGCUCUACUUAAAACAUUUAGUAAAGGAGCAUUUCUUAUAGCAAAGGGAAAAUGCAGAUUAAUCUUUUCUGAAUAAACCCUUUUUCUCAUUUAUUUAAUGAUGACCAUUCUGUAAUGCUUUCCAGAACAGUUUACCAGAUGAACUGGAUACUACCAGAACCUGGAAUUAAGGAUUAUGCUGUAGUAGUAUAAAUCAUCCUUUUAUAUUGAAAACACACACAACAAAACUCCCUUGAGUUGAUGUGAAUUUAACUUAGACACAAGUUUUUUGGGAAGUUUAGCCUUCCCCAUCUGGGCUGCUGCUAGGUUGUCAGUGUAGUUCCCUCAGCAAUCCCCCCACCCCCAGGCCACCAACUUCCAGUAGUAGCCGAGAGGUAACUGAAAUUCUUUCAUAAAUUCCCAGGCCCUUUGGGCAAGAAUAGAAAACCAGGGUGAUGACUGUGCUCAAGUAGCAACAUGCUGAGGAAGCUACCGUAGUUCAGGUUUGUUUCUGCUAAGAACUGCUGUAGUGAUAAGAAGAUGGUCAAUUUGUGGGUGAGUAAAGCUACUUAGAGCCUCAGUCUUCAAAUUUAGUUUUGUGGGUUCUUUUUUAAUAAAGAAAAGUUCAGGCUGACCCAAAGGCCAGGUUAAUUUACGUCCAUGAUAUAGAAAAAAGUCAAAUGUGGAAAAUAUUGAAGAUGAAACUAUAUUGGAAUGGAGCCUGUAUUUCUCAGUGAAACCUUCCUUCAAAAUGAGCUUUCUCUUCCACUUGUUAGAAUACCAUAUCAUAGGCUGUGUUCUUGCAGUUUGUAUUCUGUUUUUUUUCCCGCAUCUGUGCCACUGACAUGACAUAACCAUGAUGACGUUUAAAUGUGUUUUUUAUAAUCGUGUUGGACAUUGCCUCAUUUUUCCUGUUCAUUUUCAAACUCCCAUGUGCAGUCACUAAAGAUUUGUGUUACCUAAAGUCAGAAUUUGAUCUAUAUAAUGUUUGAUCUAUAUAAUGUUUUUUUUUUCUGAUAUGUAACAAACUUGUAUAAAGUUGAUUUCUUUUCUAUGUAAAGGGAAAACUUACCAUCUUGGCUUGAUUUUGAAGAAACAAUAAAGAUCUUUUAGUGUGCAUUUGAA